UAAAUCAAUCGAUUAGUAAUGCUGUUUAUGACACUGAAGGCAGGAUACCAUGGAAAGACAAAUAACUGCUAAAAAAGGGCCCAAUGUUGUUUAUAAAUAUGACCUAAGCAAGUUAGUUGUAUUCAUACAAAAAGCACCUGGAACCUCGGGGAAGUCAUUAAGUUUGACUUAAAAUGCUUUAAAUUUCACAGCUCUCGUGUUCUGAGAUUGUCAGAACCCAAUGGCCAGGUGAUCAGAGAGUGCAGGUGUCUAGUGAGAAAGCUCGCUUAUUCCGUUUUUUAAAGCCACAAAAAUCCCGAUGGAAGGUUUCAUUUUGCAGUAUGCAGCAAAUCAAACCGAUUCAAUCAACAGAUUAAGAACCUGCUUGCUAGCUAACUGUGUUGUCAACAUGGUCAGUCUGUUCGUUGCAGGUUUUGGAAAUGCAGUGAUUCUUUUAUCCAUCUGGCGAACCAAAACCCUGCAUUCGCCUUCAAACACUUUGUUGUUCGCGCUUUCAUUGACUGAUUUCUUGGUAGGAAUAGUAACACAACCUUUGUACAUCACUUCCCGUCUGUACUUUCUUGUUACCGACAAAGAUGGUCCGCAAGCUCUUCAAACUACUUUUGAUGUCAUUUCAAGCCUUCUGUCAGGAGUUUCGUUUAUGACGGCAACUUUAAUCAGCGUGGAUAGAUACCUUGUACUCUUACUACACUUGAGGUAUAGAAGCCUUGUCACAAGCAAGAGAAUACUGGUCUUUAUCUUUGGCUCGUGGUUGUUAUCUUCAAUAUGGGGAUUUACGUGGACGCACGACCUUCAACUGUUUUACCUUUUGGGUUUUGUGUCCUCUACCUUAUGUUUCUCGAUGAUAGUUAUCAUGUACUGUAAGAUUUAUCGUGUUAUCAGACGUCAUCGCAAAGAAAUUCACCAUCAAGCAAGGUUUGGCGAGUCGUCCAGCCGAGUUAAUCAGUUUACAAGUUACACGCGGUCAGUCGUCAACACGUUUAUCGUAUGUUUUCUCCUCUUUCUGUGCUAUUUUCCUUAUCUUUGCACAGCAGCCGUUAUACAGCUUGGUGGCCACAGUCCCGCUAGAAAAAUGUCCUUAGAAGUUUCUGGCACGAUAAUUUUCACAAAUUCGUCCGUAAAUCCGUUUGUUUAUUUUUGGCGUGUAAAAGAGUUUCGAGGUGCGAUAAAGCAUACGUUGAACCGAUUAAGAAUCACAACAAACGAAGUCGGAAUUAACUCUACUAACAGGAAUUCUUGGUUCUAAAUCAAAUGAAUAUGUUGUGGCUGUUUUCGCUGAGGCGUUUCUUGGAACCUGGAAAAAACAAUGAACAGUUUGCCCAUGCUCUCUGUAGGGGGUCGGUACAAAACGUGGACCCCUCAAUCUGGAACCCCUACUGGACCCCCUUUUGGAACCCAUCUGGACCCCUUUCUGGACCCCCAUCUGGACCCCCAUCUGGACCCCCUAUUUUUUCUUCCGAAAAUACGGGCUACUGAUUUAAAUAAUUCAACCUAGAACAUAACACGAUGAAGUCUAUUUAAUCCGGGAGCAAAAUGUGAAGAAACAAUGAAUUCACGCAGCGUUGUGAAUAAUAUGAUGGCUUUAGCCGGAGUUAACUGAGUUUAUUUUUUAGAAACGUGGUUAAAAUUCCCAGAAAACUUAACUCGGUUAAAGGUUGGUUACAAUGAUGACGAAACAACGGGGUUAUAUUUAAUGAGCGGCUACAUUGAAAUUGGUUAUGAAGUCAGUGAACUCAAUUAUUGACGUCAUGACAUGGAUAAACCAACAAAACGACAGACUUUGAGAACCAGUCUUUUAUUUUCUUGAUUCUUUUUCUUUGUUUUCGUGUCCUUCAGUCUCUUUACAUUCACGGCUAAGGCCGUCUGUCUUCCUUCUCAUGCGUACUAUACACGAAUUUCCAAGGCAGUUCUUUCAAACACGAUGUUGAUUUUGUGUAGACGCCAGUGUUUUCCAUCGCCGUCGAAUGAAUCUUCCUCGAAUUUGGCUCUAUCUGAAAAAUCAGCGAUGGUUUGAGAAAUCACCAGAUAUCUUACUAUACAUGACUUUAAUACCGUGGCUUUUAUAGAGAGCACCUCAGAAUGAACAUCGAGUCCUUUCACUAAGAACGUUGCAUAUUCUUCCAUUUAUUACAAAAAGAAACACUCGCUUCUGAGCAUCUUUAUCGAUAGAGAAGCGUGGAUUAUGGCAUCUAGGAAUUGGGAAACGCUCUCGGUCUACAGCUGUUACGUUUGGAAAAUGCACUUCACUUAACAUUAAUUGUUCACGAAAUUCAUUCAUUCAUCUGCAUUUCUGGCCAUUUUAACGAACUGGCCUUCCCUUUGACGUACUCUUGUGUUCUUUGCGGAGGUCGAUUAAAAUUUCUCCUUCUAAGGUGAAUGAGCGCUUCAAUUCUUGUUCAGGCCAUGCUUCAGGUGUGAAGGUUCCUUGCAAACGUGACUGAUAUGGUAUAGCCGACACAUAUUAGGAAAAAAACUAGAAAUCCGUUCUAGUAAUACAACUGUUUCAAACUGUUGUUACCACUUGCCAUGGCCAGUAGAAGAUUAUGCACUUGUUUGUGCCACAGUGAACAACAUCUCACAUACAGACCAUGAUGACUGACACAUUUCACGAAAAAGCCAAUGCACGGCACUGUUAAGAGACCACUACCCUGGGUUAGACCACGCAGAAAGGUAGUUUAAAAUUAACCUCACUCGGUUAAAAAAUCUAUUGUUCUUUAAUUAAUUUCCAUGGUAACCGUUAACCCGGUUUAUGUUCAAUGAACUGCCGAAAAUAGCGCCCACUCACGAUUUUUCGGUAACCCAGUUAAUCGUAAUUGAUUAAUUAGAAAUAACCUAGUUAACUCUCAUAGUGCAGCCGCAGCCAUUAUAUUAUUCUAGACACAAUGCAACGUGAAUUCAUUAAUUUUUUCACAUUUUGCACACUGAUUAAAUAGACUUCAUCGUGUUAUGUUCUAAGUUAAAUCAUUUAAAUCAGGAGCCCGUAUUUUCUGGAAGAAAAAAUAGGGAGUCCAGAUGGGGCUCCAGAUAGGGGUCUAGAUGGGGGUUCAAAUGGG